UUUUGAAAGUCCCUAUCGGAAGUCUCCGCUGUCAGCGUAACAACCAGGACGUGGGUUUUAUAACUUGGAUCCAAGGCGGCAACGUUUCUCAAACCAAACCUCGCUCAACAGUGACAUUUAUACACAAAUCGUGAAUUAGCGUCUUCGUUUUCUCCCACAGAAACCAGCAGGUUAAACUGGUUUAAACCGGUUAAAACCGGUGAAACGCCAGUGUUGUUGUUACUGGAGGUCAGCCUCGCGUCCACAUGCUUUCCUCGGGCAGGACCGUCUCCUCCCGGCUGCUGAGGCCGAUUUCAAGGCUCUCUCCCCGGCUGGGCUCUGACGGAAGAGCCGCCAGCUCGAAGCAGCAAGAGUUGAUAAAGAAACACGACCUUGAGAAAGAUGAGCUCCGCCCCCUCUACAUGGACUUCCAGGCCACCACGCCCAUGGACCCCCGGGUGCUGGAUGCCAUGUUGCCCUACCAGGUGAAUUACUACGGUAACCCUCACUCCAGAACACACGCCUACGGCUGGGAGAGCGAGAGCGCCAUGGAGUUGGCCAGAAAGCAGGUGGCUGAUCUGAUUGGAGCAGAUCCCAGAGAGAUCAUCUUCACCAGCGGAGCCACCGAGUCCAACAACAUGGCGAUCAAGGGCGUGGCCCGGUUCUACCAGACCAAGAAGCGCCACGUGAUCACCACGCAGACGGAGCACAAAUGUGUGCUGGACUCGUGUCGAGUUCUGGAGUCUGAAGGAUUCAGUGUCACCUACCUGCCAGUCCUGCCCAACGGCCUGCUGGACCUGGAGCUGUUGGAGGCCUCCAUCCGUCCUGACACCUCUCUGAUUUCCGUGAUGACCGUCAACAAUGAGAUCGGAGUCAAGCAGCCCAUCAAGGAGAUUGGUCAGAUCUGUCGCUCUAAAGGAGUCUUCCUCCACACUGACGCCGCUCAGGCUGUCGGAAAGAUUCCCGUCGACGUGGCAGACUGGAAGGUUGACCUGAUGUCCAUCAGCGGCCACAAGCUCUACGGACCUAAAGGUGUGGGUGCUUUGUACGUGCGUCGCCGGCCGCGAGUGCGCUUGGAGCCGCUGCAGAACGGGGGCGGGCAGGAGAGGGGGCUGCGCUCCGGCACCGUGCCCACCCCUCUGGCUGUUGGGCUGGGAGCCGCCUGCAGCAUCGCACAGCAGGAGAUGGAGUACGAUCAUGACAGAGUGUCCAUGCUGGCUAAUCGUCUGGUCCAGAAGAUCACGUCUGAGCUUCCUGAUGUCAUCAUGAACGGAGACGCAGUACAACGCUACGCUGGUUGUGUCAACUUGUCCUUUGCGUAUGUGGAGGGGGAGAGUCUGCUGAUGGCGCUGAAGGACGUCGCUCUGUCAUCUGGGAGCGCAUGUACGUCAGCGUCUCUGGAGCCGUCAUACGUCCUCCGAGCGAUCGGAACAGAUGAAGACCUGGCUCACUCGUCCAUCAGGUUUGGUAUUGGCAGGUUCACCACAGAAGCGGAGAUCGACUACACGGCAGAGAAAUGCAUCACGCAGGUCAGCCGGCUCCGAGAGAUGAGUCCUCUGUGGGAGAUGGUUCAAGAGGGCAUCGAUCUGAAGAGCAUCAAGUGGACGCAGCACUAGACUCCUCCCACUUCCCGUUUACUUCCUUAUUGACGAUGAUGACGGACAUAGGUUCCCAGGAAACGCUGUGGAUGUACUAGCUUUACCUUCCUGUCGACAAACAAACAAACAAACAAACACGCACAAACUUCCUGUCCGACUUGAAGUCUGUUUGUAGCUCCGCGUCUCCGUAGAAGCGCCCCUCUUGUUGCUCUGCGAGGAGCUUGUUGAUCGCAGGUUGUUGCAUGUCGUGCUGUGACACCGUGGUCCUGUAACAUCAUGAAGUGCUUUAUGACACGAAACUGGGAAACCUGCAGGGGAAAAUAUAUUUACUGAGGCAGCAACAAAGCGGUGUACUGCCAGGGGAAAGUCCUAAUCACACAACUAGAAUAGAAUAAGAAGCUGCUGCAGGAUUAGCGUAAACAUAUUGAAAGUAAGUCUAAGUCCGAGUGGGACUCUCGUCACUUCAUUGUGAACGCAGUACAUUUGUCUCUGUCGGUAUCUCGUAGGAAUGAUGGCUCCAUUCUUCCAGUAAUUUAUUCGGCCCGUACUGGACUGUUGUUGAUGGGUUUUGAUCUCAAGUUAAGCUCAAAGAUCUACGCUGGGGAUCGGUGGGCAGUUACAUCUCACAAAUGUGGUCGAGGUUUCCUGAUAUGAAUCGAUGGUGGCUGGUCCGAACAGAUUGAAAAGCCCGGCUGCAUCGACUCCUCCUGGCUGCAUCUCCCCCCCCCAACAAAUCUGUCUCCAUGGUGACAAAAAUGAUUUAGAUGCAGCUGUUGGAAAGUUUUUUUAGACCAUCCAACAAGCGCUUUGUGUGAAGCAGACCACGGCCUCUAUAAAUAAAGCAGAACGACUGCCGGUCAGAGCUUAACCCGGUUUGUCUGGAACAAAAUCCAAAGUCGUGCUCAUUAGAUUCUCUGCAGUCUGGAAAUGUUGAGAUAAUUUCCGUUAUGCAGGAAGUUGCAGAUUAAAAAUGAAAUCAAGCAAUCGUGAAGUGUGUUCAGUUAUUAUAACUUUAAUUCUGCUCAUCAUGUUUAAACUUUGACUGUUGAUUAAAAGAGAAAGAAAUUACAUUUUCACUUAAA